AUGAUAUCAAUUGAAAAUAAACAAGUUAGAGAAAAAGUUAGAGACUUUAUUGGUGGUGCUUUCUCUGGUGUUGCAUGUACGUUGGCAGGACAUCCAUUCGAUACUCUGAAGGUCAGACUUCAAACCGAGGGAACCACCGGUAGAUUCAAAGGAAUGACUCACUGCUUGACGACCACCAUCAAAGAGGAAGGUAUACUCGCUCUCUACAAGGGUGCAACACCACCAAUGGUUGGAAUGUCAAUAAUCAACUCCUGCAUGUUUGGAACACUGGCAAUCGUCAAGAAGAAAAUUCAUCCAGACACAACCACACCCAUAACACUUCCAGAGAUAAUGGUAUCAGGUGCCAUAACAGGUUGGGCAGUAAGUUUUGUUGCCACUCCAAUUGAAACAGUUAAAUCGAAAUUACAAGUACAAUAUUCAGGUACAAAGUUAUAUAGUGGACCAAUCGAUUGCAUUCAAAAGGUGGUUAGACAGGAGGGUAUUCAAGGACUGUAUAGAGCGUUGAUUCCAACUGGAUUCCAACGUAAUAGUUUGUGGGCGUAUUUCGGUGGCUACGAGCUGGCCAAUCGCUAUUUGAAGCGUGAGGAUGGCACUAUGACGGUGGGACGUUCUUUCUUGGCGGGUGGUGUCGCCGGUACUGGAUUCUGGUGCACCAACUUCCCGUUCGAUGUGAUUCGUAGUCGUAUCAUGACGAUGCCAAACGACAAGGUAACAGGCAAGCCUAUCUACUCGGGCAUGAUCGACUGCGCCAAGAAGAUCUACGCAGUCGACGGUUGGCGUGGAUUCUGGAAAGGUUUCACCCCAUGUCUCUUACGUACAUUCCCCGCAAACGGUGCCACUUUCGUUGCUUAUGAAUUCGUCAUGAAGAUGAUACCCGCUGCUUAA